UGACGUAGGACGCAAAUACGUCGCACAGCGUAACGCACGCUGGGUUCUGGAGCGCCGUUGGAAGUUUAAAUUGGUGGAGUUGUCUUCUGGUCACACUGACCCAUCAUGUAUCGCCCCAAGCCGACUCUGAAGGACCGACAGCACCUGUACAAGCUCAUCAUCAGCCAGCUGCUCUAUGACGGAUACACCAACAUCGCCAACAGUCUGAUCAAUGAGGUCAAACCACAGAAUGUAGUGUCUCCGUCUGAGCAGCUGAUGCAGCUGGCAAAAAUAGGGAUGGAGAAUGAUGACAGUGCAGUGCAGUAUGCCAUUGGGCGCUCUGAUACAGUGGCACCUGGUGUGGGGAUUGAUCUGGAAUUCGAUGCAGACGUCCAGACCAUGUCUCCAGAGGCAUCAGAGUAUGAGACCUGCUACGUUACAUCCCACAAGGGUCCAUGCCGCGUGGCUUCAUACAGUCGGGAUGGCCAGCUGAUUGCCACUGGCUCUGCUGACGCUUCCAUCAAGAUCCUGGAUACUGAGCGCAUGCUGGCAAAGAGUGCUAUGCCUAUUGAGGUGAUGAUGAAUGAGACGGCACAGCAAAACAUGGAGAACCACCCUGUGAUACGAACACUGUAUGACCACGUAGAUGAAGUUACCUGCCUCGCCUUCCAUCCAACUGAACAAAUUCUGGCUUCUGGUUCAAGAGAUUACACCCUGAAACUCUUUGACUACUCAAAACCCUCAGCAAAAAGAGCAUUUAAAUAUAUACAGGAAGCAGAAAUGCUACGUUCAAUCUCCUUCCACCCAUCUGGUGACUUCCUGCUGGUGGGAACGCAGCACCCCACCCUCCGUCUCUAUGAUGUCAACACCUUCCAGUGCUUCGUGUCUUGUAACCCGCUGGACCAGCACACAGACACCAUCAGCGGCGUCAGCUACAACCCCUCCGCCAACAGCUACGUCACCUGCAGCAAGGACGGCAGCAUCAAGCUCUGGGAUGGCGUCUCCAACCGUUGCGUGACCACCUUCGAGAAGGCCCACGACGGAGCCGAGGUGUGCUCUGCCAUCUUCUCCAAGAACUCCAAGUACAUCCUGUCCAGCGGCAAAGACUCUGUGGUCAAACUGUGGGAGAUCUCUACAGGCCGGACGCUGGUCAAGUACACAGGUGCGGGGCUGAGCGGUCGUCAGAUGCAUCGUACACAAGGCGUGUUCAACCACACAGAGGACUACGUGCUGCUGCCAGACGAGCGCACCAUCAGCCUGUGCUGCUGGGACUCGCGCACUGCCGAGAGGAAAAACCUGCUGUCUCUGGGACACAACAACAUCGUCCGCUGCAUCGUCCACUCGCCCACCAACCCCGGCUUCAUGACCUGCAGCGACGACUUCAGGGCCCGCUUCUGGUACCGCCGCACCACCACAGACUGAGACACAUCCAGCCUCUGUGAUUCUUCUCACCCAUCUCGCUUCAUCUGGUCUCUGAGAAUCAAACAGGAUGCUGUUGUUUCCAGUGAAUCAUCACUGUCUUCUGAUCUGUGGUGUCCUUCAUUUUUAUUUCCUGUGAAACUGCGGCAGAACUUGUGGGACAGUACUAAAGAAAAGUUGUCAUUUCACCAUCUGAAGAGCAAACCGCUCUUUCUCAAGAUGUCUUCUCUUUUUGAAAACACUUUAUGAAUUAUCCGCUGAAGCUUUGUCUCAUUGAAGUGAAAGUCUUUGCUUUUUAAAAUCCUUUCACUUGUUGGACACUCUUCUCACAUCUCAUAGUCCUCAGUUGUAUGUCGUAAAUGACAACAGAGUUGUUUUGUUGGCUUUUCCACUUUUAUAUUUUGUCUACGUCCUUUGUUGUAAUUCAGAUUUUUAUUAAACAUGUAAAAGAAA